AUGGAAACGAAAACCAUCACUGGAAUUGUCUACUCGUUUAUUUCCGCGGCGACACUUGGCUCCACGUUGGUCCCUCUGAAAUUCUUCGAUCGAAGUGAUGGAAUAUAUUUUCAAUGGGUACAGACUAUGGGACAACUCAUGGUUGGAGUAUUUCUGACAAUGUUUACGACGCCUAGUCCGGUUUUGCCGGUGGCAAUGAUUAAUGGAGUGUUUUAUGCGAUUGGAAACUCGUUCAGUGUCUUCAUAAUGGAAAACCUCGGCAUGGCAAUCGGAUACCUUAUCUGGAAUUCGGUUGCUUGUAUCGUCGGUUGGGCAGUCACUAGAUACGGACUGUUCUAUAAUAUUCAACAAAUCCCAAAAUGCGAAUGGUUAAGUGUGCUUGGGAUAGCCGGUAUUAUUUUGGGAAGUGCGAUUUUUACAAUGGUGAAAAAGAAAUCGAUGAGGGUUCGUCCGGCUCCGUGGAGCACGUUGGAAGACCAGAUUAAACACGCGAAGAAGACAAAGGAAGAGCCUCCGAUCCCCAGGAAAAUAGUCUGCCUCCUCCUCACCAUGUUCGUCGGAUUCCUCUACGGUAACUUCUACUCCCCAAUCAGCUACCUCAUGACAAACGACCCGGGAGCCAGUCAAGACGUCCGCUCCUAUUUCUUGUCCUAUUGCCUCGGCGCCUCAUUCACAUCUACCGUAAUCUUCAUGGGAUACUCGGUGGUCAUGAAAAACGUGCCACGUUGCAAUCCGGAGCUCACCACCCCGUCGAUCGUCUCAGGCAUACUGUAUGGCGUAGGGAUGCUCUCGUUUUUUACGGCCUGCCAGAAUUUGGAUCAGGUCAUCGCCUACCCAAUUCUGUCAAAAGCGCCUGGAAUCGUUGUCAGCUUGUGGGCCAUAUUUUUGUUUAAGGAAAUUCAAGGAAGAAAGAAUAUAAUCCAGCUGUUUUUUGGGAUUUUUGUGACUCUUUUGGGGAUUUGUUGUGUUUCGUUGUCGAAGGUGCUGGAUAUUUAA